AAAACUGUUGCAGAGGGAGGGCCGUGUGCGGUCCGGCUACUGGGGGAGGGGUGGAUUUAGGCUUGCAGGGAAUGCAAAAGGGGGUGAUGAUGCACAAGAGGAGUAGGAGGCGGUGUGAAGGAGGAAGAGAGAGGUAGAGAAGGAGCACGAGCGAGAGAGGCAGUGAGAGCGCGAGCGCUGUAUGCCAUUGUUCAUGUCCUGUGCAGGGAACAAAGGGCCGGGUGGGUGGACUGUCUUGGGCUUUGCUUCGCAUUUGUAUUUUUGUUUUGUAGAGAAGACCACAAAUUCUGUCGCUAAAACUGGAUAUAAUAUUGCAUGCCAGCAUGGACUUUUAAAAGGGUAAACUUGCGCCCCAGGAGCUGAGAUCGGAGCGGGAGACGCGCAGGAGUGCAUUCUUCUCUCUGCACAGGCUGUUCGUCCAAGUCGUUCAAGCUGUACUCCCCAAAGGAACCUCCUAACGGUAGUGCCUUCCCCCCAUUUCACCCAGGCACUAUGCUGGACAGAGAUGUUGGCCCGACACCGAUGUACACCCCUUCGUACAUGGAGCCUGGAAUAGGGAGGCAUACACCGUAUGGAAACCAAACAGACUACAGGAUAUUUGAACUCAAUAAACGACUGCAGAACUGGACAGAGGAUUGUGACAAUCUGUGGUGGGACGCCUUCACUACAGAAUUUUUCGAAGAUGAUGCCAUGUUAACAAUCACAUUCUGUUUAGAAGAUGGUCCUAAACGAUACACCAUCGGCCGGACGUUGAUUCCUCGCUACUUUAGAAGUAUCUUUGAGGGGGGAGCCACUGAACUCUUCUAUGUACUAAAGCAUCCCAAGGAGUCUUUCCACAGCAACUUUGUGUCCCUUGACUGUGAUCAGUGCACCAUGGUCACGCAGAACGGCAAGCCCAUGUUUACACAGGUUUGUGUAGAAGGAAGAUUAUAUCUGGAAUUCAUGUUUGACGAUAUGAUGCGCAUAAAGACGUGGCACUUCAGCAUCAGACAACACCGUGAAGUCGUUCCACGCAGCAUAUUGGCCAUGCACGCACAAGACCCUCAGAUGCUUGACCAGCUUUCAAAAAACAUCACAAGAUGUGGGCUGUCCAAUUCAACGUUAAACUACCUCCGACUUUGUGUAAUCCUGGAACCCAUGCAGGAGUUAAUGUCCAGACACAAGACAUACAGCCUCAGUCCUCGAGACUGCUUAAAGACGUGCUUAUUUCAGAAGUGGCAAAGGAUGGUUGCCCCACCAGGUAAAGGGCCUGAUGAAAGGUCUGCCUUCUUUGUGGUGUUAAUAUUCGCAUAUUACUCUUUCCCUCACGACUGUAACACGAAUGCCAUUGUUCCUGCAGCUGAGCCGGCAAGGCAAGCACCAAAUAAGCGACGGAAACGGAAGAUGUCUGGUGGCAGCACCGUGAGCACUGGUGGAGGCAACAGCAACAACAGCAACAGCAAGAAGAAGAGUCCAGCCAGCAGCUUUGCGCUCUCCAGCCAGGUACCUGACGUGAUGGUGGUGGGUGAGCCCACUCUGAUGGGAGGGGAGUUCGGGGACGAGGAUGAGCGGCUGAUCACGCGACUGGAGAAUACGCAGUUUGAUGCGGCCAAUGGCAUCGAUGAUGAGGACAGUUUCAGCAACUCCCCUGCUUUGGGCAACAACAGCCCGUGGAACAACAAAGCUCCCUCCAGCCAGGAGAGCAAGAGCGACAACCCCAGCUCCCAGUCGGCCCCGUAGGCUACAAUACUCGCUGUGCAUAGAUAGGGAAAAGGGCAAUACCAAAAGCCUGCAUUUGUUCAGAAUGGCACUUGCGUUGUAGUAAAGCCAGCCUUCCUGUCACAGAGUUCCGCUCCGAGGAGUCCUCACUGGCCAGACUAUGUUUUUCAACUUGUGAAAUUGUGAUUUGCCGCAUACUGUAGGAAUUCAAUUUGAUACAGUUAAAUUUCAUCAUUGAAUGAUUUCUUUUAAAGGAGCUCACUGUGCAUUUGUGCCUGAGAGAAAUUCAGUGUUUGGUCCGUUUGAGUUCUCUGAGCCUCAGCAGAGUUAGUGAAGGCAGUCAUGUCUGUGGGUUCUUGUUCCAACCUCGGGUCUCAGUGGGUGCUGUGCUUAACUAUGCAUGGCGGUUUCUGUUGUGCUCACUUCACAUGGAAGGGUUCUUUUAUUGAAUCAUCUAAUGAUAACUAUUAUGUGCACCUCAGAUUCAAAACCAACGCUAAAUGAUUUGUUUUGUAGGACCUGGUUGGAACAAAAACCUGUACAGUUCCGGAGCUUGAGGACCGGAGUUGAGAACCACUACGUAAAAUCUCUUAAUAAAGAAAUAAAUUAAUAAAAUAAGCAAAUAAGUGAAAGCCUUGAUGGUACUGGAGUUGUGGUCAUGCUCAGUAUGGUCAUAAGCAGAAGUGGACCAUGAAGCCAGGCUCCAAAGAGGUGUUUGUUUUUCUCAUUUGUUUUUGAUUUGUUGUUUGUUUGUUUUUUUUGUUUUUGUUUUUUCUAGCAAUUUGUAAGGGAAUAAUUAUGAGCAAGUAAGAAAUACCCUGAAUAUCCUUUGCACUGUUGCCACUCUAUUUUUGAUCUAUUUUUCUUAAAAGAAAAUUAUAGUACUUUUUUUUUUUUCCCCCUUCUUUUUAUUCCUCCCUAUUAUUAAUAAGUGGAAUUUGAUUAAAUAUGUUAAAUAUGUAACUGGAGAAUGGUAGAUUUAUAUAUGAUGAUAAUUUGCAUUAUUAAAGUUAUUACUUUGCGGUAAGUAAAGGUCCUGUUAAAUGUGUACUAAAGAUUUCAUGGCAUGUAUGUCUGGAAUCUGCAUGUUCCUGACAUAAGGCUUACAGUGAGAGAAACAAAUUAUUUACAGGAUCUCCCAUUUUUUUUAUAUUAUCAUAUUUGGAGGGCUUUACCUCCAUGUGUAUGGUACACGCAUUCUUACUCAUUAAUUUGAGUUGAUGUUCUUGUGAAAGAGAUUUUAAUCUGUACAGGAAAGUAGUCAGCUCAGUACCUUUUAAAGUCUUCAAGAGACACUAACCAUGUGGUUUCAAAUGCAUAAGUAAAGCACCUCUUUUCCUCAACAAUAGAUUGUGAUUAUUUUAGUCUCCCAAGAAUGGAUUUGUUUUGUUUUUAUUUUUUAUAUGCUACAGACCAAGGAGCUAAGAGCAAGAUGAUUCAACUCAACUAUUGUGUAUUUGAUUCUAUGAAGAAUACUUUUCAUAAUUUCGUUUGUGUAUUUGUGCUUGUAUAUUUAAGACUGUAGCUAAGGUCUGUGCAAGUGUAAUUGUAUUUACUCGUCUUUAGAACUUCUCUAAGGACUUGCAUUUUAAUGUAAAAAAACAAACAAAACAAAAAAACAAUAUAAAAACUAAAAAACAAAACCCAUGCAUUGUAGUAAGUGUUUUUAGAGAUAUUAGCCAUAGGUAUCAUUUUAUUUCUGGGAUUAGCUUAAAGUUUUUCAGUGUACAAUGUAUUUAUUAUUAUUUUUCUUGCCAUUGCAUCAUGUGUAUGCAUUACAUUACAUUACAAUGUCAGUUUUCUGCCAUUUUCAAUAGAGAAAGAUGGCGCUGCCUUUUUCUAUUUCUCAUCACCUCAUCAUUUUCAUUUUGUCUAAACAAAGAAUUAAGUUAUCUGGAAAAAAGAAAAAGAAAAAAAAAAUCAGUCCUUUAACUUCUAAGCCCCUUAGACAUACUAGAUUAAAACACCAGAGGGCAUUCUGCAUUUUGGUUCUGUGUAUGAUAUGGGGAAAGAGUUCUACUAAUUCAGCCAUGUAUUUUGGUCAAUUCUCUGGAUGUUUUAUAAAAAAAAAAAAAAUAAAUAUAUAUAAAAAAAUAAUAAUGGGAAAAAAAAAAGCCUCCAGUAAAAUUCUGGUUCAAAUACCUUCCAAAUGUCCUGUGUUGCUUUUGGGGAUUUUUCCACCAAAUUAACAGUAAAGGGUUAAACCCUUUUCGUGUUCCUGUCAAGCCCCUUUGAUAGUGGCUGUUUAUAAAUCUAUUUUUUUUCUAUUAUCUGCUAUUGAUGAUUCAUGUAUGGUAUAAUAAAACCAAUUUUCAUGUAA